CGCUCUGAUCCCCAUGACAACAGGGAGAAGCAGCGGGAGGCUUCUGGGCGGUGCAGUAGCUGCGGCCGAUUGGAGCAAACAAGGAGCGGAAUCCGUGAACUGCCAGCGGCCCCGAGGGCGCAGCUCCUGGACUGACUGGCGCUGUCCUGCCCAAUGGACGCCUCCUCUAGCCCGUGGAAUCCAACCCCGGCUCCCGUCAGCAGCCCCUUCCUGCUGCUCCCCAUCCCUGCCAUUGUCGUCCUCGCUGUGGGCAUCUAUUUGUUGCUGCUGGGCCUAGUGCUGCUGACUAGGCACUGCCUUCUGGCCCAGGGCUGCUGCACAGACUGCAGCUCCCCCUGCAGGAAGCAAGGCGCCUCCAGGCCCCAAGACUGUUGCUGGACCUGCGCAGAAGCCUGUGACUUCCCUCUGCCCAGCCCAGCCCACUACCUGGAUGCCUGCUGCCCCCAGCCCGCCGAAUCUGAUUGGGCCCCUCACUGCCCUCGCUGCUGCCCGCUCUGUGACUGUGCCUGUGCGUGCCAGCUUCCUGACUGCCAGAGCCUCAACUGUCUCUGCUUUGAGAUCAAGCUCCGAUGACAAGACCCAGGGUCCCUGCCCUUUGGGGAGUGGCCAGCUCCCAGGGCCCACAUGCCCUGUUCCCUGAGGGGCCUCAGGACACCUUUCUCCAGGCUAUUGGAACCACAAAUGGCCUACGCAGCUCACCAGCCUGGGAACCAGUAGUGGAGAGCCUGGCUCCCUGCAGAGUGGGACUCAAGGAGCCCUCCGCCAGCUGGAUGGCAGCCCCUUUGGAGGGCCAGAAGAGAGAAUGGCUGGUGCUCUGGCAGGUGCCCCUGCCCUCCUCUCCCCCUCCCCAAGUAAAUGAUCAUAUUUGAAGGUGAGGGUGGGGGACACUGCUCACCACAGUGAGCAUUAUGGGACAAACUUGGGCCUUGAAUAUCAGGGUGUAGGGGUACCCCAGGCACACCCUGUCCAUGGACUCUUGGUUAUUCUGAGAUCCCUGUCCAAAGAUUUCUCCUGCCAACCUUUUGAGGGCCUCAGUCUGGAUUUCCAAGGAAGAAAUUUCCUCUUAAGUACUGGAACUGACAGGCACCAUGCCCCACCAAUACCCGGCACUGACGCCAGAGCAGAAGAAGGAGCUCUCUGACAUUGCUCACCGGAUCGUGGCUCCGGGCAAGGGCAUCCUGGCUGCAGAUGAGUCCACCGGGAGCAUUGCCAAGCGACUGCAGUCCAUUGGCACUGAGAACACCGAGGAGAACCGGCGCUUCUACCGCCAACUGCUGCUGACUGCCGACGACCGCGUGAAUCCCUGCAUUGGGGGCGUCAUCCUCUUUCAUGAGACGCUCUACCAGAAGACAGAUGAUGGGCGUCCCUUCCCCCAAGUUAUCAAAGCCAAGGGCGGUGUUGUGGGCAUCAAGGUAGACAAGGGUGUGGUACCCCUGGCAGGAACAAACGGCGAGACAACCACCCAAGGGCUGGAUGGGCUGUCGGAGCGCUGUGCCCAGUACAAGAAGGACGGAGCUGACUUUGCCAAGUGGCGUUGUGUGCUGAAGAUAGGGGAACACACCCCCUCUGCCCUCGCCAUCAUGGAAAACGCCAAUGUCCUGGCCCGUUAUGCCAGCAUCUGCCAGCAGAAUGGCAUUGUGCCCAUUGUGGAGCCUGAGAUCCUCCCUGAUGGGGACCAUGACUUGAAACGCUGUCAGUAUGUAACUGAGAAGGUGCUGGCUGCUGUCUACAAGGCUCUGAGUGACCACCACGUCUACCUGGAAGGCACCUUGCUGAAGCCCAAUAUGGUAACCCCAGGCCACGCCUGCACCCAUAAAUAUUCUCACGAGGAGAUUGCCAUGGCAACUGUCACAGCGCUGCGUCGCACAGUGCCCCCCGCUGUCCCUGGGAUCACCUUCCUAUCUGGAGGCCAGAGUGAAGAGGAGGCAUCCAUCAACCUCAGCGCCAUCAACAAGUGCCACCUGCUGAAGCCGUGGGCCCUGACCUUCUCUUAUGGCCGAGCCCUGCAGGCCUCUGCCCUGAAGGCUUGGGGUGGAAAGAAGGAGAACCUGAAGGCUGCCCAGGAAGAAUACGUCAAGCGAGCCCUGGCCAACAGCCUUGCCUGCCAAGGAAAGUACACCCCAAGUGGUAAGGCGGGGGCUGCAGCCAGUGAGUCCCUCUUCAUCUCUAACCAUGCCUACUAAGCGGAGGUGUUCUAAGGCUGCCCCCUCAACACUCCAGGCCCUGCCCCCUCCCACACUCACUCACGAAGAGAGGGGGCCUCAGCCGGGGCUCCAGGCUGCUCUUUCCCGUCACUCUUGCCUCCCUUGUGACAUUGAUGCCUGGUGUUGUCUGUGUACGCUAACUUCACCAUUUCCAGCCUACUGCCAAUAAACAGCUAUUUAAGGGGGAGUC